AUGAAGGCUGUGGCGUCCACACGCCUAUGCGCAGGCGAUGCAACGCAAUCGCCUACUACGCGGAUGACUGAACAAGCCUGGGAUGAGAAAUGGCAUACCAUGGUCCAUCACCAAAAGCUCCGGAAGGAGCAAGACGCCCUCCUGCGUCAGAAACUCAUAGAAAAGAGGGAAAUGGAAGAGUAUAUUGAAUGCACGUUUACUCCAAAGACGCAUUGCGGGUAUAAGAGCCGUAGCGCAGAGGAAGUGCUCAAUAUCUUGAAACCUCUUAUAUCCGAAGAAGAGCGCAUUCUCCAGGAACUCGGUAAAAUAGAUAAUGAGGAAGAAGAGAGCGUAAGGCGGCUUAGUUGCGAAUUGCGGGCGCAUAUCGCUGCUACACAAGGUACCGAGAGUACCGAACUCAUCCGUUUAUGUGAGGAAUACCGCGAAGAGCGCCUCAAAGAGCUGGCUAGGGUAAAAAACAAAAAACUCGAUAUUGUCGGUCUCUUGCAUGAGGUUGAAAGAAAGUACAACAUUAUAUGCGUUAAAGAACGCCUAACUGAAGAUGAAAUGCAGCGAGCCGGAUUCAAUAUCGACUCGUGUCGCCAGAUUAAAAAGGAAAUACUCGAAUCUAUUAAAGGUGUAGACACCUUGAAAGAUCGUUCUAAAGUAACGGCAGAGAUCGAUGCAAUAAUCAAAAAAGCCAAGGAAGACGCUGAGCGUCAGCGUCUACAAGCGCUAAACAACCGAAUGAUGCCGCGUGGGUUCAGGCCAGUGAUGUAUCCUGGUCCUCAGGGCAUGAUGCCUUUUGCCAAACAGGUGCCUCAGAUGAUGAUGCAUCCGCGUGGCCCACACCAAGGGCCACCAAUGGUUCAUGGUAUGGUACAUCCCACCAUGAUGUCCUACCCCCCGCAAUCACGACAACCCACAGCAACAACAAAACCUCAAUUCCAAAUCAUGCAGACACAGGGGUUACAGGUACCGCGGAUGGUUCAUCCAAACAUUGCACCAGUAAACCCUCAAUUUGGGCAGGCGCAACCAAUGCAAACUGUGAGACCCAUUAUGUUACAGAGGAAUGUAGCCAGAAAAUUAAGGCAGUAA